UACACGUCGAGUAUCAGAUUUCUGGAAAUUAUAAUACCUAAAGAAUUCUGAACAAAUUAUUGUUACAUUUAAUAUUUUGGCGAUGACAACUGAAGAGGAUGCCAUCUCAAACAAGAAUGAUAAUGCCACACAAACUAACACUACCAAUUCAAACACCAUUGCCGUGGAUAAUCAGUAUUUUUAUGAAGAUCUUGUAUAUAAAAUAACUGAUAAAAAGGUUUGUUUUGGAAUGGUUGUUGACAAUUAUGAAGAUAAUGAAAGCGACAGUGAUGAUUCUGAUUCUGAUUGUCCACCGUUAUCGAAAGGAACCAUUAAAGUUUCUUGGUAUCCACAUGGAUUCGAACAAAUUGUUAAAGAAAGAGCGGUAGGACUGGCCGAUAGAUCAUUAAUGCCUGGAGAUGUGGUUAGAAAAUUAGUAGCAACGAAGGCGUCUGAUAGUCAACAUGGCUAUUGUAGGGAAAUAACUGUUUACGCGGAUGUUCAACAGGUGAAAACAAAAUAUGUGCUAUCAUCGGUACCAAAUACACGGCUCAUUCCACUUGAUCGUUAUGAACUGGAUUUAGUUGCAUGCUUGGGUCCGUGGGUGGGAUCUGUAAAAGAACAUCGAACACAAUUAAAAGUUGCUUUGAUGUCAUGUAACCCUUUAUCGCCACUGGCAAGUGUUAUUGCACGAUUUGAAUUAUCUCAUGGUAAUGUAUGUAAUUUAAAACCAACCGAAAAACGUCGUUGGACCACUACAUCAUGUGGGGCUUGUGAACAUUUUAUUGGGCAAAUAUUAACUGUGAGACCAAAUGAAUUGAAAAUGGUAUGUUGGUUAAAUGGUUCGAAAGAAACACACCAAUCGAAAAAACGACACCACGUUAUUAUUGAAGAUUUACAAACAACAGCUGUUGGUGUACGUUGGCAUUGCCAAGGAUUAAUCGAAAAUUCGCAGGAAACUACGCUAUCACAACCUGAUUAUUUAGUUACUGGUGAUGCAUUGAAAAACUUGAAAAUGUUGAAUGUUUUUGAAACAUGUACUUCUCAAAUUGGUGAUAGACAUUAUUUGACUGUACAAAAUGAUGAUGUAAUUGAUACGAAAUCCAGGUGGUUGAAAAGGCAAUCGAAAUUGUUUAGAGGAAAAGAACAACCUACUACCACUACUGAAACAAAUAUUUCCUUGAAGCCACCAGAAGCAACAAUGGAUGAACUUAUUACAGAAAAUAUUUGUCAAGAUUUAAUCGAUGAUGAAGAAUGGAGUACUGAAGAAUCGGAAACAAGUUCCAUCACAAAUAGCGGUAGCAGCGGCAGGGUUACGCCAACAGCAGUAACAAAUCAAGGCAAGAAAAGCCCAGCAUUAUCAACCAAAGUUUUAAAAAAGAAAAUGAAAAAAGAACGUAAAUUAAGGCCGUCAUCCAAAGUUAUAACAAUGGAUGUGGAGCCACCUAAACCUGGGCUUCCUAUUUUAGUUGAAACACUAUGUACGUCGAGUGUAGCUACAGUUGUUUGGCAAGAUGGCACAAUAGAGAAAAAUAUUCAAUCCACUCAAUUAUAUCCAAUACACCAUUUAGAUGAUCAAGAGUUUUUUCCUGGUGAUUUUGUUAUAAAAAAUAAUUCAUUAAUUAACGACGGUCAGCAAGAUUUACGUGAUUACGGUGUUAUACAAUAUAUGAAUCAUGUAGCCAGAACUGCAGUUGUUAAAUGGUUUCGUACAUACGCAGCCGUUUCCACUGCCGAUUGUGAUUCAUCUAGUCCCACCUUACAUGCUGAAACGGAAGUUAGUGUAUAUGAUUUAAAAGAUCAUCCCGACUUUAAUUUCCGACCUGGUACUGUCGUUAUAAAAGUUGCUGGAUGUGCAAAUGUUCAAUCGGCUGCUGGUCAAGUUUUGGAUAAUUUUCCUGAAGGCAGAAUCUGUGUAAAAUGGGUAGACGGUUCGCAGUCCAUGUGCUGGCCACAGGACUUGUACCGUGUUGGAGAUUACGAUAGUGAUGAAGGAGAGUUAUGGGAUGAUGAAGACGACGAAGAUGACGAUGAACAAGCAAAUUCCUUAGAUGUGGCGCAUGAUGCUUCAUGGGAGACUCAAAGUGAAGAUUCAGUACCUGGUGAUGUAGAUGUUACAAAUACUGACAUUGCAUUAAGAUAUCGUUUGGCUGCAAAUAUUGAAAGGUCAUGUGAUGCAAUGGCAAGACUUGAAGAAAUGUUUACGCAAAAUCCCGCCUUGCAAGGCCGUGAUGUAAUGCGAAAAUUGUUAGAUGUGUAUAAAGAUUGUAGAUAUUUAGAUCGUUUAAUGGGUACAAGUAUUUUUCAUGAGCAACAUUUUACUGCCCUCUUAGAGCGAGCUAAAGCUAGAGAUUCCAGAUCGACAGUUACUCAAAGGAUACAAAGACAUUUUCAAAGAUUAUUUUCAUCAGAAGAAACGACACCACCAACAUCUCCGGGAAAUCCACCAAAUGAAAGAAUUAUAGAAACAUUUUCUGGGCAAACAGAUACUGAUUUAGAAAUAGCUCGAAGUAAUUAUUCAGAUGAAGUAUUAACAUUAGGUAAUCGGAGUGAAAAUUUAAUUAUAAAUAGUGAAAAAAUUGCAAAAAAACAAAUUGAAGCCGAACAAUUUAUCCGUGAAAAUAUGGAAAAUUGGAAAUGUGGAUCUGAUUCAACGAUUAUGCCUAUUGCUAAAACCGCUGAAAUACUAUCGAAUAUUGUUAAUGUUCAAGAUACUAUAAAAGUAGCAUUUGAAAAAGAAAAAGAUCAAUUAAAUGAAAAUCCUAAAAAGGAUGUGGCAUUAACAUCUAAACCUGGAGAAAUGUCUGUUCGAAUUACAAAAGAAACUGGUGAUAAAACAGUAAAAACUUUAUAUCUUAGGGAUUCCGCAUCAAUAACUAAUAAAUCAUUUUCAACCAUAACAUCACCUCAAUCUACGUCCUCAAAUCAAAAUUGUGAUCAAACUUUAAGUAAUUGUAAUGCUGGUAAAGCCCUAUGUACUUUAAUUAAAUCUAGAUUAAUAAUAGCUCAUGCUGAAGUACUUAAACGUUUGGGUACGGCUGACUUUAUUCAUGCACUCAGGAAUGAACCUGAAGAAGAAAAUAUUAAUAAUAGUAAAGAAGCAAUAAUUAAGAGUCCUAUAGAAGUAGAACCUUCAAUGAAUCUCAUGAAUAAUAUUGAGGAAGUCAAUAAUGUUAGUAAACCUGAACAAAAUGUUGAUGAAGGUUUUAUGGUAAUGGAAAAUGCACCCACAUCUCAUAAAUAUCAUUUAAGUGUUGUUCAACCACCUGAAUCUCAAACUUGGAUACGAGCAGUUCGGCGUGAAUUUCGACUUUUAGGACGUGCAUUACCGCCUGGUGUUUGGGUACGUGGUUAUGAAGAUCGUUUAGAUAUUUUAUCAGUAAUGAUUCGAGGUCCAGCUGAUACGCCUUAUGAAGACGGAUUAUUUUUAUUUGAUAUACAACUUGGUGCUAACUAUCCAAUCAGCCCUCCACUAUUCCAUUAUAUUAGUUAUUGUAGUGAUCGCCUUAAUCCAAAUUUAUAUGAAGACGGAAAGGUAUGUGUUUCUCUGCUUGGAACAUGGUCGGGAAGAGGUUCAGAAAUUUGGGGCCCUGAGAGUACACUUUUGCAAGUAAUCGUUUCAAUUCAAGGGUUAAUUUUAAAUUCUGAACCAUAUUAUAAUGAAGCAGGCUAUGAACGACAAAAAGGGUCAGCAUUAGGAAAGGAGAACAGUCGAAUGUAUAAUGAAAUGGCUACCUUAAAACUUGUUCAAUCAAUGACAAAAUUACUUCAGUCGCCACCAGAAGUUUUCAAGAAAGAAAUUCACUCGCACUUUAAAAGUCGUGGCUUAGCUCUCUACGAUAGAUUAGAAAAUCUUUUGGUUGGAACAGAUGAACAUAAUGAAAUGAAAAAAAGUUGCAGUCAGGUAAAUAUUGGUACAAGCACUAAUAAUUGUUCAACAGCGUGUGAUGAAACAUUCGAUAACCUAAAAAGUGGUACGAAAAUAUGUGAAGAAAUUGUAAACGAUGUAACAAAUAAUGCAUGCAAUAUAUCAUGCAACAAUAAUAAAUUGGAACAUUGUUCUAAAACAACAAACGAAAAACAUUACAAAGAACCAGCAUUCCCAUUAAUACCAGCUAGUAAAGGAUUCUGUUUAUCCUUAAGAACAGCAUUACCAAUAUUUAAAGAAGUGCUCAAGAAAUUAGAAUUGAUACCAACAACGGUUCAAUCGUCGUAGCAAUAACUUUAUCAAAUUUAGUCAAAUUCAUAGAAUUUAUUUAUUGAAAUUGUUUGUUAUUUGAUCUCACAUCUUGUGAGAAUCGGAUGGGCAAUUUUUUAGUUG